UUAAAUCAAAAUUCAUUCGGAUGUCCCAACAUCAGCAAAACAGCAGCCACGACCAUGUGAGCAGCAGUGGUGCGGGGCCAACGUGCAACGUUUUAGAUCAGCCAUCAAUGGAGGUGUUGGUAGAGGAUCCGUCGGCAGAUGACAAGAGUGUAACCUCGAGUCGCAUCCGUAGACUCGAGUACUUGCGCCGUGCCAUCAACUGCGACUGCCAGAUCCUUCUGCUGAACAUGUCCGCAGCGCCUGAUGGACAGGCGGGUAGCGUGAGCUACAGGACGUUCGACUGUCAUCGCAUAUUCCUGGCCACAGCCUCCGAGAAGAUGGAGACGGAUGUGUUCAAGAAUGCACACUUCAACGGUGUGCUGGAGAUGGACGGCGUGUCGCCAGAGAGCGUUCAGAUUUUCCUCGAGUACAUUUACACUUUCGAAGUGGACUCGCCGCUUGUCGCUCUCAAGAUCAUUUUGGACAUAUUCAUUCUAUCGAAUGCCUUCAACAUGCCCGAGCUGAUGUCCGCCUUCUUCGAGAAAGUCAAAGAGCAGGAUUGGCCCCUGGAGGAUGUAAUCCCUGCAUUCGAUUUGGCGUUUCGGCAAUGCGGCAUGCCAGAGCUGGAGCAUCGAUGCCUGGAUCUAAUCAUCCCCAAUGCCAUGAAGCUGAUCAACGAUAGGAGCCUCAUGAAUAUCCAGCUGUACUCCCUCAACUACAUCAUUCAACUGUGGAUGGCGACGGACGCAGUGCCCAGAGAGCGACUGGUGCAGCUGCUCCAGGAGUACCAGAGGGCCAAUGGUCUCAAUUUCAACAAUGCUGUGACAUUUUCGCAUUUCACAAAGAUCAUACAGCACUUUCCAGGCGUCCUGCUGGAUGCUGAGGGGUCCAUAAUUCAGUAAAUAAUAAUAAUAAUAAAUAACGAAAUAAG